CGACCCGGUGCACUUUCCACAACCCCAGUCUGUGUUCUGUCCUCUCGCCUUACUCCUCCGACAGCAUGAGCUUCACCACUCGCUCCACCACCUUCUCCACCAAUUACCGGUCCCUGGGCUCGGUCCCGUCGUCCAGCCACCGGGUCCGGCCGGCCAGCAGCGCAGCCAGCGUCUAUGCGGGCGCCGGGGGCUCAGGCUCCCGGAUCUCCGUGUCCCGCUCCAGCAGCUACCGGGGCGGCUGGGCUGGGGGGAUGGCCGGGGGUCUGGCUGGAAUAGGGGGCAUCCAGGGCGAGAAGGAGACCAUGCAGGACCUGAAUGACCGCCUGGCCUCCUACCUGGAGAGGGUGAAGAGCCUGGAGACUGAAAAUCGGAGACUGGAGAGCAAAAUCCGGGAACACCUGGAGAAGAAGGGACCCCAGGUCAGGGACUGGGGCCACUAUUUCAAGAUUAUCGAGGAGCUGAGGGCUGAGAUCUUUGCCAAUUCUGUGGACAAUGCCCGAAUAGUUCUGCAGAUUGACAAUGCCCGGCUGGCUGCUGAUGACUUCAAAGUCAAGUAUGAGACAGAGCUGGCCAUGCGCCAGUCCGUGGAGAGUGAUAUCCAUGGGCUCCGCAAGGUCAUUGAUGACACCAAUAUCACUCGGCUGCAGCUGGAGACAGAGAUCGAGAGUCUUAAGGAGGAGCUGCUCUUCAUGAAGAAGAACCACGAGGAGGAAGUAAAGGGCCUACAAGCCCAGAUUGCCAGCUCUGGGCUGACUGUGGAGGUGGACGCCCCCAAAUCUCAGGACCUCAGCAAGAUCAUGGCGGACAUUCGGGCGCAGUAUGAUGAGCUGGCUCGGAAGAACCGAGAGGAGCUAGACAAGUACUGGUCCCAGCAGAUUGAGGAGAGCACCACAGUGGUCACCUCUCAGUCUGCUGAGAUAGGAGCUGCCGAGACAACGCUCACCGAGCUGAGACGUACCUUCCAGUCCUUGGAGAUUGACCUGGAUUCAAUGAGAAAUCUUAAGGCCAGCUUGGAGAACACCCUGCGGGAGGUGGAGGCCCGCUAUGCCAUACAGAUGGAGCAACUCAAUGGGGUCCUGCUACACUUGGAGUCAGAGCUGGCACAGACUCGGGCAGAGGGGCAACGCCAGGCCCAGGAGUAUGAGGCCCUGCUGAACAUCAAGGUCAAGCUGGAGGCCGAGAUCAACACCUACCGCCGCCUGCUGGAAGAUGGGGAGGACUUCAGCCUUAGUGAUGCCCUGGACAGCACCAACUCCAUGCAAACCAUCCAAAAGACCAGCACCCGCAGGAUCGUGGACGGCAAAGUGGUGUCUGAGACCAACGACACCAAAAUUCUGAGGCGUUGAGGCAGCAGAACCAGGGUACCCCUUGAGGAAUGGGAGGUCAAUAAAAACUUGAGGUCACUGGA